AUGGUUAUUGGAGCGGUGGCAUUCUCGGACGACGCCCAGCAUCUCUACCGCGCUGCGCAGAGAACGGGACGAGUUGUUAGCACCUUAGCCGUGUGUAUCAACGAUUACCGAAUCACCCUUAAGCAAGAAAGCUCGUCCACCGAAGAACGGAGUGAAAGCAUCCGGGCCUGUCAUAAACGUUGCGCGGAACGAACUCUACGUGUUCUCGAGAAAAACGGCUCCAUAUUUAUUAAACUAGGCCAGCACCUGAGUAGUAUGGGAUAUUUGCUUCCUUUGGAGUGGACGACGACAUUCAUUCCAUUGCAAGAUAAAUGCCCCGUCUCGUCAAUCGAAUCCAUUGAAGACAUGUUUGUGGCAGACACGGGUCAUCGAGUUGACGAGCUGUUUUCUUCAUUCGAGUCGGAGCCUAUCGGCGCUGCGUCUCUUGCCCAGGUUCACAUCGGCACGCUGAAGGAAACAGGACAGAAAGUCGCGGUGAAGGUGCAGCAUCCCGCGUUGGCGGAAUGGGUACCCUUGGACCUGGCAUUGACCAGGUUCACUUUUUCGAUGCUGAAGCGCUUCUUCCCCGAAUACGACCUAGAAUGGCUCUCGCAGGAAAUGGACCUCUCUCUUCCACAGGAAUUGGAUUUCCGCAUGGAAGCGGACAACGCUAGGAGGGCGAGCGAGUACUUCAAGAAGCAUUCGGAUGCUCCAUUGGUUAUCCCAGAAGUCAUGUGGGCGCAAAAGCGCAUCCUUGUAAUGGAGUUCUUGUCCGGUAGUCGGCCGGAUGACCUGGAAUACUUAGACUCCAAUCACAUUGAUCGAGACGAGGUCUCUGCUGCCUUAGCUCAUAUCUUCAACGAGAUGAUCUUCGGCGACAAUGCCCCGUUGCACUGUGAUCCUCACGGCGGAAACAUCGCCAUCCGAAAGAAUCCCAACCGACGUCAUAACUUUGACAUCAUCCUUUACGAUCAUGGGCUCUACCGUGAUAUCCCUCGUGACUUGCGCCGAAACUACGCAAAGAUGUGGCUAGCAGUCAUCGAAGCCGAUGAACCCCACAUGCGCGAGUAUGCACGCAAAGUGGCAGGAAUCACAGACGAUCAGUUCCCGCUCUUUGCCAGCGCCAUCACGGGUAGAGACUAUACCAAAGUGACGAAGAAGAAUAUUGUCAGUCAGAGAACUGCCGCAGAGAGGGACAAUAUGUCCGGCGCAUUAGGCGAGGGUAUGCUACAGCAAUUGGUUGAGUUGUUGGGUCAGGUUCCUAGAAUCAUCCUUUUAAUUCUAAAGACCAACGACCUCACCCGCAGCCUUGACGAAAAUCUGCAUACGAGGCAAGGACCUGUACGUACAUUCCUCAUCCUCGCCCGCUACGCUACACGCACCGUCUUCGAGGAACAAAUGGAAAUCAUUAAUGAAACCGGUGGAAUUCUGCGGUUCUCGAACUUCUUCCGAUUUCUCCGCGCCUGGACCGGUUUUCUUCGCGUCGAGCUGAAGUUAUCUGUCUAUGAGACCGUGCUAUCUUUCAAGACGCGGCUCGCACAACUCUGGUAG